AUGUCUUCUUCCGACUCUGACGAUGAUUGCUACGGUAAUGUGGCUCAACAAUUAGAAAAAUUAAAGAAGACUUUUGUGAAGGAAAAGUUGGAAAGCUACAAAUUAGAUGAUUCGCUAGAAGUCGGUGAAUCCAGUAAAGAAUUGCCUAAAAAUGAAGAAAACACAUCAAUACCGGUCGUGGAAGAUUGUAAUGUAACUGUAAAUAGUACGGAUAAUGAUGAAUUUACGCUGGACGCGAUUAUAGCGAGGAACAGUAAGACUAAGCCGAAGCGAGGUCGUGGUGGAAAACGAAAGAGCAGUGACGCUUCUGCGUGCUCGUCUACGCAGGAACCACCACCAGGGAGGCGGAAAACUAGAAAUUCACGAAGAGGUAUGAGUAGUUCUGUAGAUACUGAUCAAAACACGUCGUCUGUUGAACAUAAUUCUGUGAUAGAGGAACCGCUUCGUGAGCCAACACCGCCAGCGGCGUCUGAAACUGCAACAACUUCUGCACGAGGUAGAGGGCGAGGGGCGAGGAGAGGUGCAGCUAGGGGCAGAGGGAGUAGAGGACGAGGUCGCGGACGCAUCCGCAAUCGCAGGGAACUGUGGGCUAUAUUCGAUAACAUAUUUGACAGAAUUGAUAGCCGCAAUGCAGCCGACUACCCCAUAUACAGUGUCGGCAACACUGAUGAAUACCCAGACCAGAGUGAUAACCAGCAACUAUUCUCAUCAAGACCAGCUGAUAACGAUGUCCAAGUCAUUGAUGAUGAAGAUCCGCUGGACAACGACAACGAAGAAAUGUCAGUAAAAGUAUACUGGCAGAACUUAGAAGUGUUCAAAUUCAAAAUAAGGAAAUAUCAAAAAUUAACACAGAUAUUCAAUUACUUUAUGGAAAAGGAGGGUGUUGGUAACGACAAAUUAUUGUUUAUGUAUAACGAUAGGAUCAUAAAGAUGGAUGAUACUCCAGACUCAAUUAACUAUAGUAUAGCGAAGUUUAUAGAUGGGGGCAUCGUUAAUCAGAAUGUGUCACAUUUGGCAACAAGCAACAGUUCGGAGAAAGUGAUUAACGGAAUUAAGAUUAAAUUUCAAUGUCAGAAUAUGAAGAAACCAUUUGAGACGACAUUGGGAGCGGAUGAUAAGUUUGCUGCGGCCAUGGUAAAGUGUGCGGAACACUUGGAGGUGCAACUAGAAAGACUGAAAUUCUAUUUCGACGGAGAUUUGAUAUCGAAUAAGUCCACGCCUCGGGAUCUCGAGCUGGAAGGUGGCGAAUGCAUUGAUGUUAAAAUUUCUAGUUGA